AUGUCGCGAGUCGAAGAGCUUCCGGAUGACUUUGACGAGUCGCUCAAUCUUAACGAUGCUCCACCCGAAGUCACCCAAAACCUCCCUCAGCCAGGAUUCGAUGCCUUCGCUCCUGGCAAUGACGUUCCGUUCCCAAUCAACGAGGAGGGACUGAAGGCGCGCCAGAAUGAUCCGAACGCACCGGAGCUUCCUCCAGCUAUCGCCGCCAUUCAGUCACAUAGUAGCGAAGAGCUGAUGGCUAUGAUGAACAAGACACCUCUUUUCAUGACUGACAUCGAAAACGCCGGUGAUGAGAAGGGCGAAAACGUUCUUCUCGAUGCUCUUCAGGCGCUUCAAAACGAAGGAACCCGGGCCGAGGUUGCCAACACGUUCAAGGGACAAGGAAACGAGGCCGUUCAAGAGCUCAAGUGGAUUGAUGCCAAGGAGUUCUAUACCAAGGCUCUCGCUGUCAUUAAUGCUAAAGAAAACAAAUGGGAGCAGCCAGAAGAUCCCAAGGAAGAAGCCGAGUUGCUGGUAAAGUUGGAGGAGGCAUCAUACAGCAAUCGUGCAUUGUGUAAUCUGGAAUUAGGCAACUACCGCUCUUGUACCCUCGACUGUGCUGGUUCUCUCAAGAUCAACCCGAAGAAUAUCAAGGCCUAUUAUCGCUCAUCAUUGGCACUGUUCAAGCUGGACAAAAUCGCGGAGGCUGAGGAUUCCGUCAAGCGCGGACUCGCAAUUGAUCCCGAAAGCAAGGCUCUCCAAGAAUCGUCCAAGAAGAUCGCCGAACGCAAAGCGCAACUCGAACGCGCUGCUGCCAGGAAGAGGGCCGAAGAAGAACUUCUUCGCAAGCAGAACACCAUGCUCAGCACAGCCCUGAAAGCCCGUCAGAUCCGAACCCGCAAGACCGAGCAGCCCCCUGACUUGGAAGAUGCCAAGAUUCGACUGGUUCCCGACCCUCUCUCCCCAGAAAGCACCAUUGAAUUCCCCGCUGUCUUCCUUUACCCCAUGGAGGCGGAAUCCGACUUCAUCAAGUCUUUCUCGGAGAUGAACUCCAUUUCGGAUCACCUGGACUACAUCUUCCCUCUUCCUUGGGACAUCAAGAAGGAAUACACGGUCAACAAUGUAGAGUGCUUCAUGCAGACCGUCACUGGCGGUCUCAUCAAGGCGGGCAAAAGUCUGCCUUUGCUUCAAAUUCUCUCUGGAGGAAAGGUCGAGGUUAUUGAUCAACUCGUCAACAUCUACGUUGUGCCUCUUUCGAAGACCGGCAAGUUUAUCGCUGAGAUGAAGGCUCGCAAGUCAGGCUGA